GGCAAGAGGAGCUACAAGAAUUAACACAACACAUCGAUCAAAUCUAUAAUGAAGAUAAUACUCUGAAUUCUUCUGCAAAUUUACAAGAAUUAAGGCCAGACAUUAAACAAAUGUUGAAAAACAUGUCGGGACUUUACGCUGCUAAUGGUAUUAAUCCUGGUAUAUCGGUGAAGUUUCCUUCAGCCUUCCAUUUUCUUCCACAUUUACUGGAUAACCCCAAUAGCUUAAAGCUAGCCUAUUUAAUGUCAAAAAAUAGAGAGGGCGUUUCCUUGGUUUUGGGAAUACCAACCGUUAAAAGAGAAAAAUAUAGCUAUUUAAUGGAUACUUUGCAAAACCUUAUCGAUGGAUUAUCCUCCGAAGAAGCCAACGAUACGAUUAUUGUUAUUUUGAUAGCAGAGACUGCAAUGGAGUACAUUCUUCAGAUAGCUAAAGAAGUAGAAAUGAAAUUUCCUUCACAAGUAGAAUCUGGACUUAUUGAAAUUAUCGCCCCAUCUUCUGGAUACUAUCCAAAUUUCGACAAGCUUCGAAUUACAUUGGGAGAUUCAUCAGAACGUGUUAAAUGGAGAUCAAAACAAAAUUUAGACUAUGCCUUUUUAAUGUCCUACUGUCAAACGAAAGGAACUUUUUACGUUCAACUUGAAGAUGAUAUUUUAGCCAAACCAUCCUAUGCAGCGAUAAUGAGAAAAUUUGCGAUCGAAAAGACUGCCAAAAAAGAUCCUUGGAUUGUGUUGGAUUUUUGCCAACUAGGAUUUAUAGGAAAACUUUUUAAAACUGCUGAACUUCCAUGGUUGAUAAAUUUUUUCCAAAUGUUUUUUAACGAUAAACCUGUUGACUGGUUGUUGGAUUAUUUGAUUACUACAAAAAUUUGUAAUUGGGAGAAAAACGAUAACUGUAAAGCAGACAAAGCAAAGGUCUGGAUUCACUACAAACCAUCGUUAUUUCAACAUAUUGGAAUGCAUUCGUCUCUAAAAGGAAAAGUACAAAAACUAAAAGACAAACAGUUUGGAAAAGUGGCUUUGUUCUUUCCUCACAACAAUCCUCCAGCUGAAGUGGUAUCUGGAAUUAAGCAUUAUAAACAAUAUACUCUAAAACGAGCUUACUUAGGAGAGACCUUUUUCUGGGGUUUGUUACCACAACCAGGCGACCAACUUUUAUUUAAUUUAACACCGCCAGUUACUCUAAAAAGGUUUUAUUUUCGAAGUGGAAACGCAGAGCAUCCCACCGAUAAGUUUUACAACACCACAGUUGAAGUAAAACCUGUACAGCCAAUUCAAAAUUUAAAUUUUUCUAAUGUUACCCAAGAUGGUUUUAUUAUCGUAGAUAGUAUUACUUUGGUGCCUCCAGUAAAUACAUGUGAUGUAUCUAAUGACCUAACAAACGAGGAAUCUGGUAAUGGAUACAUAAUGGUGGAGUAUAAUUUACCUGGUUCGCAAUUACAAGCUCCUGAUAAAAUAAAUGAGCAAAAUAAUGACAAUGACACAUUGUUACCCAAUUCUCAAGAUGACGUUCUAUUAUCAGAGUUAAGAGAAAAAAGCAGAGGUGAAUGUCAAGGAAAUAGUGCAGCAGCCGCAAGGCGUUAUGGAGUAUACUCCAAUCGAAAUACAGCCGAUAGACGAUUAUUUCUGACCAUUGAUCGUCGUUUAAGGGAAACGGGUACAUUCCAACCGCAAGUUGGAGGCAAUAGUGGCCAUCCAAUAAUGGAUGCAACUGAUGAAGACAUUUUAGAAAUCAUUGAAGAAGUCCCGGGAACAAGUGCAAGGGUAAUAACUAAAUGUUCCUCACGUAAAUUUGAUAGUGCUGGUAUAGCUUCUGGUAGUCUAAAUAACAGCAUUGGCAAAAUUUCAUCGUUAAGACUGAAUGUACAUAGCGAAAGUGAUAACUGGGCUAUUUUAAGUGAGAUACACCUUCAAGAUGAUUCAAGAAUUAGGUGA